AUGGCCGACAGCAGCGGUAUCACCCUCGUGGACAACACAGCCCCCGCGCAACAACCAUCAAGCGGAUCAUCAUCAAGACAACACUCCACCGUCGGCCGUCAGAUCAGCUUAACCAAACACCUGAGUCGCACCGCCGUAUCCGAUCGUUUAGCAAGGAGGAAAUACGCGAAAUGGCAACCGGACAGACUGGGCUUGACCUCCGACUCGGAACGCUCCCCUAGCAGGGAAAGGUCUCGCUUGCGACGACCACUCUCCGCCUCAAGCUCGAGUGGGCCGACCAGUCGACAAUCUUCACAGCAGAGGAAUAGUAGCAUUCCUGCUGCCAAUACAGGUUUACCCGAACAUGAAGGAGCCGGCUCGACGCACGUUCGCAACCGCACCACGACCGACCCAGCAGACCAGGCUAACAAUGGCCUCGGCCAAACGACAACGAUCACGUCCACCCCAACACAACGACCCCAAAAACACUCCGAGCUCGAUAUACUUUAUGAGAAUCAGCGAGGCUGGUUCUUCUUUGGUAUCCCGCUCUACUCACACAGCUCUCUCCUCAAUUUCGACCCGCCCGCAUGGAUGACACAAGAUAAACGGGCGAGCGCCGUCAAUAUCACCAACGCGCAGGUCCCUGACCCAAGUUGGGAGUGGGCAUGGCGGACAUGGUACGUGGAUAUGUCGGGGGACGUGGAUGAACAAGGUUGGCAGUAUGCCUUUUCCUUCUCGACGUCCAAGUGGCACGGCACACACCCCUGGCUGCAUUCGUUCGUGCGACGGCGGCGCUGGGUGCGACUGCGGACCAAGGCCUUCCAACCACGAUGUCGCGGCAAAUUGGGCUUUGAACAGGCGCAUAUGCUGAAUGAGGACUAUUUCACGAUUCACUCCUCCAAACAGCUUGGCCGUGAACAGAGUCUUGCCGACUUGUCUCGAGUGGAGUCUGGGUUCUUGAGUCGGGCGGACACUAAAUUGGGAGAACCUCAAGCCGACGAAGUGGUCGACAUUCCCAGUCUACUUCGGGCCAUGAGGAUGACGUCCAUCGAUCGCGAGAGGAUCGACGCACUGAAGAAGUUUAUCAAUGAUGGUGGUGAGGAGCUAUACUAUUUGACAGACAAGAUGCUCGAGAUCAUGUCCAUGUUCCUCUAUCAAGUGUCUCGAGGGCAAGUCAUCACGUAUCUUAACAAGACCAUCUACGAUCUCAAUCGGCAAAUUUCAAAUUCGAGUAGCGAGGACCGGGAUCGGCUGGAACGAAAACGAGACAACCUGAUUCGAGCCGUCGAAGCUGGGAAACAGCAUGUCACUGGGCCGGACGUGGUGGCUGAGGAUCAAAGUAACUCGGCCGCGCAGCUCCUGGAUUUGACCCCGGCCUCGAGGCAGGACAGUCUCUUGACGAAGCGUGCCCAGUGCACGAAUCAGCCCUUGAAGGUGACGCAGAUGGGCGAGAUUAAGGGGAUCCCGAAGGAGGCACAGGUCGGGAGGGAAAAUCAUAUAUACCAGCCCAUCCGUCAGCCCGUAGUAGACCGUUAG